UGUUUUGCUUUCGAUCUGGACACUGGAAAAGGACAAAGUUUUUCCUUUAAAUUUUUUUCGCGAUUACAAAGGCAACGACAAACUUUGCAGCAGCAAGGGAACUGUUGCGUUUGAAAAAGUAAUAGACUGGAUUAUCACAGGUCGCCAUGCCAGUGGAGAGAAUGCGAAUGCGGCCAUGGCUGGAGGAACAGAUAAACUCAGAUAAAAUCCCAGGGCUUAAAUGGGUUAACCGGGAGAAGAGGAUCUUUCAGAUUCCGUGGAUGCAUGCGGCUCGCCACGGCUGGGACGUGGAAAAAGAUGCCCCUCUGUUUAGAAACUGGGCGAUUCACACAGGUAAAUAUCAACCGGGCGUGGACAAGCCUGACCCAAAGACAUGGAAAGCCAAUUUCCGCUGUGCCAUGAACUCCCUGCCAGACAUCGAAGAAGUCAAGGACAAGAGCAUUAAGAAAGGAACAAAUGCCUUCAGGGUUUACAAAAUGCUGUCUCACACUGAGAAACCCAUCAAGAAAGGCAAGAGAAAGGUGGAAAAAGAUGAGAAAACAAAGGUGGAGCGCAAGUCCCCCUCGUGCCGUGGCAGUAAGGAAGUGGUGGUGAAGGUGGAGAACAUGGUGGACAGCACAGUGCUGACAGAGACCCACCGCCCAGCAAAUCGAAGCCCAGUGGAUGAUCAUCUGAUCAUCAACGACCUACCCGAUGUGUGCCAGACCAUCGAGGUGAUGACAGAGAACGACGACCAAUCGGUCAGCUCCAGCCACCCCUACCCCCUCCAGAUCUCACCUGUCUCAUCGUAUGGAGACAGUGACACAGAUAGCGUUCACAGUGAAGAGGACACUAAGGAGGGUGUGCGUGGGCCAUGGGAUCUGUGCCAGGCAGACGGGAAGCUGCUGUCAAAUAACUCUGUGCUGAAGCUGCCCAGCAUGGCCACCUUUGUUACUUCGGCAAAAACCAACUUCAAGGUGACCAGCAGCCGGGAGGAGAACCCGCUCAUUGCUUACAGCAGCGCCCCCUGGAGCGUCCCUUCCGUCCAGCCCCCGCCCCUCCCCAGCACCUCCGGGCACACCCCCUCGCAUGAGGCCCGCGCCAGCGUCAUUAUGAAGACCUCGGACGUCUCCAAGUCCACCGUGAAAACCUGCUGAUUCAAAGCCAGCCUGUUUUUUAGACCAUCUCGGGAGGUCAUGUGGUACAGGACCUGAGGCAGUAGACCCUGUUGUUGGCCCUGGCGGGGAUCAAAUGCACUUGGCUUAGCCUGGCUCUAAGGAGGAGCGGAACGCUCUCUGAAGACUGCAGGAUGGGUGAUCCCCGCACCCCUGUUGUCUCGUCCUUCUCCGUGGGUAAGUUGACCCUGUGGACAAGAGGAAGUUCUCAGUGGAUCGGAGUAGAUCGCACAGUCUCACUUAUGCGAGAGAA